AUGGCGGGGGUUGUAGCUGUGAAUGAGGGGAUCAGAAAACGAAUCACCACCCCGAGUAAAGCCGAGCUGUCCGAUUAUCGGGAUGGGACGAAGGCCACCUUCCACUUCAAGACCUUGCUGUGCGAUGAGAAGCGUACGGUGGUUGAUGACAGCUCCAACAGAGACAAGCCAAUGGAGCUGAUAAUAGGCAAGAAGUUCAAGCUGCCUGUAUGGGAAACCAUCAUUCGCAGCAUGCGGGAAGGAGAAGUCUCUGAAUUCUUGUGUGACAUGACGCAUGUGAUCGAUUACCCACAAGUCUCCCGUAGUCUGCGUCGGAUUGCAGCAGGACAGGAUCCUCGUGAAGGUCAGAGACAUUGCUGCGGAGGGAUAGCACAGCUUCACGACCAUUCCCUUGGAUAUGUCGAUUUGGACACACUGCAAAAAGAUCCUCAGCCCUUAAUAUUUGUCAUCACCCUUUUAAAGGUCGAGGAGCCAGGUACCUACAGGCAGGAUGCUUGGGCUAUGACGGAUGACGAAAAACUGCAAGCGGUACCCAUCCUCCACCAAGAAGGCAACCAUCUCUACAAAGAGGGAAAAACAGUUGAAGCAGCUGCCAAAUAUUACGAAGCUAUUGCAUGCCUUAAAUCCUUACAGAUGAAGGAGCAACCUGGAUCUCCUGACUGGAUUGCUCUGGAUUUGAAGAUAACUCCAUUGCUUCUGAAUUACUGUCAGUGUAAGCUUCUGGAGGGAGAAUAUUACCAGGUUUUAGAGCACUGCUCAUCCAUUUUAAACAAGUAUUCAGAUAAUGUAAAGGCAUUGUUUAAACGGGGGCGUGCCCAUGCCGCAGUGUGGAACGCAUCAGAGGCGGAGCAGGACUUCUCACGUGCUGUUGAGCUGGACCCUUCACUCGCUCCUCUUGUUGCAAAAGAAUUGAAGCAGCUUGAGGCACGUAUACACGAGAAGGAAUGUGAAGACAAAGCAAGAUUUCGAGGCAUAUUUAAAUGA